AGAAAUUUUGUCUUUUUCUUUUCCAUCAAGUCUCCUCAAAUUUGUUUAUUUGUUCUGACUUCUUGUGUUCUGAAAUGGAAGUUUAACUUAAUUGCUUUUUAAUACUUUCCAUCUGAGCCAUCAAACGUCAAAUGUAAUUGGAAACUAUUAAAAGCAAUUCAAUGUGGUCUUUUUUCACUGCUUUGCUGCUUGAGUUUUUUAUUGAGUUAUGUUGGCGUAUUUUCUCUUCUCCGAAUUUAUCAAAUUGGAAAGGUUCGAACUUGUUUUAAUCCGUUCUCCUCCUUAUGCAGGAUGUACAAUAUGAAUCCCUUGAACCGUUCACAUGAAGCAUUUUGUACUAAGGGAGUCGCCUUGGAAGCUAGAUGGUGAGUCGACAAGAAUAUCCUCUAAGCUAAAAUUACUUGAACUGGAAUUACUGAAUUUGGAAACUGUUGGAAAGAAUGAUAUUUCAAAGUUACCUUCAUUGAUGAGGAAGCAGGCCAAGAGGUAUCAAGCUCUUGCGGGGAAGAUUGAUGAUCUGUGCAGAAGAAUGCAAGGCAGUGAUCCCUCCGAACCUACACUCAGUCCAGAGUUUCGUACGCAACGACAAACAGAAUUUUUACUCGAAUCAUUUAGACUUCAACAACGUGCGACAGAAACUGGACAGAAGUUGAUGGCAGUAUAAACGGAGAUUGGGAAGAGUUCUUAUGGAGAUGAGCUGGGGAACCAGCCCAAACACAACACACGACGGUGUUCAGAUUCCAUUAGAAACAACUUGAAAGAAAUCCAAAGAAAUUUGGAGAUAUGGUUGGCCAGAAUCAUCGGAGAUCUUGAAGGUAUUCUGGCUAGAGACGGCGCUUCUCGUGUAAGGGAAUACUAAAUCUCUAGAUAUCCGUUUGUUUAGUAGGUCUCUCGACUUGCAUAUCUUCUCCAUUUUUAUUCUCUUUUUCUUUUGUUUCUUUUUGUGUUUUUUCUUGGCCUUCAAUAACUCAUCACAACAGUCAAAACAAAAUCAGAAAGUCGUAUUAAAGGUAAUUAGAGCGGUGUUUUCAAUUGGGAUUUUAAGAUUAUAACUCUUCAUUGCGAUGAAGAUGAAGAAAUAUAUAGAAUUUGGACAUAUAAUAUUAAAUCAUACAACAAUUUCUUUGUUUGCACCAUAAGCAUAGGAAAAAAUAUUGAACACUAUGCCA